AUGACUAGAGUAUCGUCGUCUUCGUCUUCGUCCCAAUCCGGUCCACCACCGCAACCGAAUAAUGGCAUGAUUCAAAAUCUCCAACAACCGCAACAACCACCCUCACAAUCGUGCAGAGGUGAUGGAAACCGCAUUUACAGUCUUGAAGUCAAGCAACAGCCCAUCAGGGCUAGGAUGUGUGGUUUUGGAGACAAAGAUCGUCGGCCAAUUACUCCCCCACCUUGCGUACGGCUCGUGGUCAAGGACGCGACCACGGGAAAGGAGGUUGACAUCAAUGAGGUUGAUACAUCUUUCUAUGUCCUCACCGUGGAUUUAUGGUCUUCGGAUGGAAAUCGCGAAGUAAACCUCGUUCGACAUUCCGCUACCUCGCCCUCAAUUUCAGCAGCGACCUCAUCAUCAUAUCCACCUCCCCCCCCGACCCCGCCUCCGCACCCGCACCCGCAGGCUCACCAUCACAUCCCCCACCAACAGCCGCUGCAACACUCUCAAUACCCUCCGCAGCAGCCUAUGCACCAGCAGCCGCCAAAUCCAUACCCUGGAUAUAGUGCGCAGCCUCCACAUCAACAAAUGCAACAGCAGCCUCUGAUGCAUUAUGGUCAACAGCACAGUGCGCCUCAAGGCUAUUAUCCUAACAGCAUGCAUGGGCCACCCCAACAGCAGCAACCACCUCAGCAAACACCGUCAGGAAUGUUUACUAGAAACUUGAUCGGUAGCUUGAGCGCCAGCGCAUUCAAGUUGACAGACACUGACAAUAAGAUCGGCGUGUGGUUCAUUCUCCAGGAUCUUUCAGUAAGAACUGAAGGCUCAUUUAGAUUGAAAAUGAACUUUGUCAAUGUCGGACGGGGAGAUGGCGCGGGCCUGAACACUGGAUCGGCCCCAGUCCUUGCGAGUGCUUUCUCCGAGGUUUUCCACGUCUUUAGCGCCAAAAAGUUCCCAGGUGUCAUUGAGAGCACAAACCUUAGCAAGUGCUUUGCGACCCAAGGUAUUAAAAUUCCGAUACGUCGCGAUAAGGGCGAUGGCCCAGAGGUCUAA